AUGGGAAACUCAGCCAGCGUCGCCGGACGUGCAUGCUUCGUGGCCGCCGUGGGACACGACCCCAAUCUCGUCACCUUUCGAGGAGACCUGCUCUAUGAAUUCCGCAUCCAGCCAUCCUACAACCUUGCCAUCCCAGUCCAUCCCACCGUGGUCACCUACCCCAAGACUACCGCCCAGGUAGCCGAGAUCGUGAGCUGUGCCGCCGCCCAGAAUUACAAGAUGCAGGCCUACAGUGGAGGCCACAGCUACGGGAACUACGGUCUCGGUGGAGAAGAUGGACAUGUCGUCGUGGACCUGAAGAACUUCCAGGAUUUCACCAUGGACCCCGAUACUCACGUUGCCACGAUUGGAGCCGGUACAAGCCUGGGCGAUCUCCAAGAUCGUCUUUGGCAUGCUGGUGGUCGGGCUAUGGCACAUGGAUCUUGUCCUCAGGUCGGUGUUGGUGGUCAUUUCACCAUUGGCGGUCUUGGUAUGAUGUCUCGACAGUGGGGAAUGUCGUUGGAUCAUGUUGUCGAGGCUCAAGUUGUGCUGGCGAAUUCCAGUGUGGUUACUGCGUCCGAUACACAGAAUCAGGACAUAUUCUGGGCUAUCAAAGGUGCCGCAGCUAGCUUUGGUAUCGUUACCAAGUUCAAAGUCCGCACUCACGGUGUACCCAAGGCUGCUAUUCAAUACCAGUAUACUUUCAGUCAGGGAGAUGUUCUCGACAAGGUGAAGCUUUUCAUGGCCUGGCAGAACAUUGUGGCCAAGCCGAAUCUCACUCGGAACUUUUCCACCGAGCUCACAAUCUUUCAGGAUGGUAUCAUGAUUAUGGGCAGCUUCUUUGGGACCAGGGACGAAUUCCACAAGUUUGAGCUGGAAAAUGAUCUGCCUCUUCAAGGUCUGGGAAACGUGGCAUACAUCACCAACUGGCUGUCUUUGGUCGCUCACACAGCUGAGGACUAUUUGCUUCGUCUCACGGGUAAUGUACUCACGUCUUUCUACGCCAAAUCAUUGUCUUUCACGGCCGACGAGCUGUUCAAUGAACAAGGCCUGGUUACUCUAUUCACCUACUUAGAUGCAGCACCCAAGGGUACCCCUACUUGGUGGGUGAUCUUUGACCUGGAAGGCGGAGCAACCAAUGAUGUUCCCGUGAAUGCAACCUCAUACGCCCAUCGCGAUGCUAUCAUGUGGAUGCAAUCUUAUGCAGUCGCCGGCUUUGAGCCCCCAGGCUUCAUCAUCAAACGGUUCCUCAAUCGCUUGCAUGGAGUAGUCAUUGGGAAUCGCGCACCUGGUGCUGUGCGUUCUUACCCAGGAUAUGUUGAUCCUUAUCUCAGGAAUGCUCAGGAGACCUAUUGGGGACCCAAUCUCGCUCGUCUCCAGGAUAUCAAGACCGCUGUCGAUCCAGAUGAUGUCUUCCAUAACCCACAAAGUGUGAAGGUGAAUUCUCUAAGCCCUCCCGAUCCUGGAUCUCAUGACGUUUAG